CACCAGAACCGGUGUUUUGUUUUUAAGUUUAUGUAAAUAACUCUUAUUUUCUAUAUUAAUACAACUUUAAGAGCCAUGUUAAUACGAAGAAUCAAGUGCCUGGGAUACUUGGGCAUACGUCACAGCAGUUCGCACUACGUGACAACGCCUAUUUUUUACGUAAAUGCUGCCCCACACAUAGGCCACCUGUACUCGGCGGUGAUAGCCGAUGCCCACUGUCGCUACCAGCGUUUGAGACAACCAGAGAGCCAGGUGCGUCUCUGCACGGGAACCGACGAGCACGGCACCAAGAUCCAGCAGGCGGCGCAGGUUCAUGGAAUACCAGUGGCCACAUACUGCGACCAGAUAUCGGAACGGUAUCGGGAGGUCUUCCGGAGUGCCAACAUCCAGACGGAUGACUUUAUACGCACCACAGAGCAGCGACACAAGCGGGCGGUGGCCCAUUUCUGGCGCACCUUAAACUCCCGUGGACACAUCUACUCGGCGGCCUACAGCGGCUGGUACUGCGUCUCCGACGAGACCUUCCUCACCGACUCCCAACUGCGCUUGGAUGAGGCCUCCGGCACGCGGUACUCCCUGGAAUCGGGCCACCCCGUCGAGUGGACCGAGGAGACCAACUACAUGUUUCGUUUGUCGCAAUUCCAGGAUGAUGUGCGUCACUGGGUCAAGGAGGAGGCACGCAUACGCCCGGCAAAGUUCGAGAAGAUCCUGCUGGACACUCUCAGUGAACCGCUGCCGGAUGUGUCGGUUUCAAGGCCCUCGAAUCGUGUUCACUGGGCCAUUCCAGUGCCCGAUGACGAUACACAGACGGUGUACGUGUGGCUGGAUGCCUUGGUUAACUACCUGAGCUCCCUGGGCUAUCCGGAUGAGGGUUUCUCUGCUCAGUGGCCGCCCGCACAGCAGGUGAUUGGCAAGGAUAUCCUCAAGUUUCAUGGCAUUUACUGGCCGGCCUUCCUGCUAGCCGCAGAUUUGGAGCCACCGCAUCAACUGUAUGUGCACUCGCACUGGACGGUGGACGGUCAGAAGAUGUCAAAGAGCAGGCACAAUGUGGUAGACCCUGUCCAGGCAUCGCAGCAGUACACCAUGGAGGGAUUGAGAUACUUCCUACUACGCGAGGGCGUGGCCCACAGCGAUGGCAACUACAGCCAUGUCAAGGCCCAGCGCAUCCUCAACUCGGAGCUGGCGGAUACCCUGGGCAAUUUGCUAUCGCGAGCCUGUGCCAAGUCGUUGAAUCCCCGCCAAAUCUAUCCAUCAGUCCACGACGAGCACUUGGCGGAUCUGCUCCAAAGCCUGGAUUCUGCCAAACGACUGCAGGAGCAGCUGCUGCAGCUGUCAGAUCGCUGCGCCACGCACUAUGACUGCAAUCACUUCCACUUGGUGGCCGACACCGUUAUGGCGACUCUUCACGCGGCCAACAACUUCUUCGAGAGCUCCAAGCCGUGGCUGCUCAAGAGCGGGACGCCUGGUGGCGGAAAUGAGGCACGUUUGGAGACCAUAAUCGCCAUGACAAUGGACGCUUUGCGUCGCUGCGGCAUUGUGCUGCAGCCCAUAAUUCCCCAGCUGGCCCAGCGGCUGCUCGAUAAGCUCAGUGUUCCGGCCACACAGCGCCAUUGGGAUGCUCUGGAUUCUGGGAGUUUUGCCACCGCAACUGUGAAGAGUCCUCGCCAGUUGGAUGGCCAGACCAGUGCACUGCUGUUCCAGCGGAUUCUGGAGGAGAAGAAGGAGGUGGAGAAGCCACCACAGCAGGCAGCCAAGCGUAGUAAAUCGAAGAACAAGGAGAAGCGCCGCGAAACAAUGUCCUGAAGUAGCCGUCAUAAUAAACUAAUUCGAAA